AUGUCAGAACGACGUAUUGACGUGAAUCGCAGCAACUACUCAGUUAUUGACAAUGAGUUUGGCAAUAUGAGAGAUCGAUUUGAAGCGGAGAUGCGACGUGUAGAGGAUGAAAUGAAGCGCCUUCGCCAAGAGUUUGAAGGCUAUAGGCCCGGUGCGCCUCCGCCAGCUAUAUCCAAUCAAGCAUAUAAUAUGUCACAUUCUUCGCAGCAUGAUUCUCGUCGACAGGAAGGAUUUGGAGCACCGCCGUCGUCUUUCGGCCACUCCGAUCUGAUGACACGCCCUACAUACGAUCCAUAUCUGGACAAUCUCAAAAGUCCUUUGAUUAAGGAUGAGAGUGACGGGAAAACCCUUAGGCUAAGAUUUGAUGUUGCUCAGUACAAGCCUGAGGAGGUGACGGUGAAAACUAUUGACAAUCGACUUCUUGUUCAUGCCAAACAUGAGGAGAAGACCCCACAGCGUACAGUUUUUAGAGAAUACAAUCAGGUUAGCCUGCUUCGUAGUCUUUGA